AUGGGCACAAACAAGUGUGCCAGCCAGUCCGGCAUGACGGCGUACGGCACCAGGAGGCACCUCUACGACCCCAAGAACCAGAUCCUGCCGCCCAUGGACCACUCCACCAUCAGCCUCCAGAUGGGCACCAACAAGUGUGCCAGCCAGGUGGGUAUGACGGCUCCCGGCACCAGGAGACACAUCUACGACGCCAAGAUGGGGACGGAGAAAUGCGACAACUCCUCCAUGUCGCUGCAGAUGGGCUCCAACCAGGGCGCCAACCAGAGCGGCCAGGUCUUCGGCUUGGGCCGCCAGAUCUACGACCCCAAGUACUGCCCGCAGGGCAGCCAGGGCGAGGUG